UGUAUGUUACGUCAGUUACGGUUGCUGCGCAGUUCGUCAGUCAGAUCCUCCAACGGGAGGCCCGAGACCAGCUACGCAAAACAUUAGCUACUACACCAACGCAGCCUGUCAAAACUCAUAUCUCUUUAUAUUUUACAUUGACCAAAUAGACAUAUGUCUAUCGCAUGCAUGCGUGCUCUUUAUCAGCGAGCAGUUCGCGCAAGUUGACCCGCUUUAACAUCAGUCUCAUUAGCAUGGUUAGCAUGCUAACCUUAUGACAGAGUGCACUCGACUGUCUUGAGGUGCACCAAACGACAAGAAAUCAUCACAAACGGCUGUGACGUCACUCAAGGUCAUCAGCAGGGGCGCAGUGGAUAAGUGCGGUUCUGACACAGAGGAAUGAGUCAUGACCUCCGUGGUGAUUGUAGAUGGUGGAGGGAAUAUAUUGGAGUAUGUCGCUGGAGAUGAGGAAGCUCAGCAGGAGGUUUGUCCUGAUGGGGUGGAGGCUGACGGAGAGAAGGCCUGCCCUGCAGUGAUAGUGGAGCAGGUGAAUAGUGCUGAUGUGGAGCAGUGUUAUGCUGCUCAGGUGUUAGUCUAUGAUGAUCAGAAUACCUACCUGGUGCAGGAUGUGGCUGAGGAACAGGUUGUGGAGACUGAGUUGCAAGAGAUGGCAGCAGUGGAGGUCUCUGUGUAUGAUAAAACUAUUGAAGCAGCUGAAGCUCUGCUGCACAUGGAUUCACCGGCCAGCUUGCAGGGCGAUCGCAGCACAGAGGAGCUUUUUUCUGAGGUGGAGGUUGAAGUGAGAACAGAGGAUAUGGGACCCGUUGCCAAGGAUAUUGUUGUCCUGCAGGAGACCGAUUUACUGAAGAAGAAAAAAAGAGGUGAACCACGCUUUACCCAAUACCAUGAACUACAGAUAUGUUUGUGUUGCAAUUUCGGGUGGGGAAAUGUAUUUCAUAUGGCCCUAUUGUGGUUAAAAUUUUACAUCUUAAAAUCACACCCAUCACAAUGUUUUUUUGUUGUUUCCAGGACAGUGAGGUUUGCCAUGCAGGUUCCUGUACUCAUGACAACACGGGGUCAGAAAAUCUCCACAGUAACUGUCAACUCUCCCAUUGUCCGCUCGCCGAUUCUCCCUGCGUCCAACUCCGUCGCUGGGGGUAACAGCGCAGGCAAAGUGGUUCUCCAGGCCGUGCCAACGCUAGUGCCUGCUCAGGGCCAAAGCGGUGAGAGGAUCACCUUGCAGCUCAUCACCCUUCCCACCAUGCCUGGCAAACCCGGCACUCCCAUCACUCUGAGUACACUCUCCCCAGUCACCGUGUCUACCAGCAACACCCAAGUCCUGAAGCUCGCCGUCCCCUCCAACAUCUCCACGACCGCCUCCACAGCUCCUGUAACUGUGGUGACCUCGCAGCCAGGAGUGACUGUGGUGCCGAACGCACAGCCAGCGAUGUCUUUACAGGAUGUGACUAUUAUUAAGGUUGAAACUCCUGAGGUUUCCGUGGAUCAUACAGUUAACAUGGCUGUGGAGAACACACCGAGCACAGAGAUGAACCCCACGACCACACUGAGCUGAGCAAACAUCAAAUAUCACUGCAUUCACUCACUGGAACCGACAUCAAUGCUUGUGACACAGAUGCAAAUAAAACAAGUGAUGUGAAGAGUGGCUGUCUCUUAUUUGAAACGGAUGAAACCAGCACUACAGCUCAGACGCUUGUUCACGCCCAACAAUAUAACCACCGUGUGUAGCCUGAGCCUGGGUUAGACUUUUCUUUUUUAUUUCUUAAAUUUAUCUAUUCAAAUCACACUUUGUUAUAGCAUACCAUCUGUGCUGUGAUGCUGUAGGAACGAACCUCACUUGGUGCUAAAGACUGAGAGGAAGUCACAUGGGUGAAGAGAAACAGCCAAGAUUUUGAUCACCUGGUAAUUUGGAGCAUAAAACAAUCUGUGCAUAGACACAAUUGCGGUAGUUAAUUAUAAUAAAACAAACAGCCUUAGGUCAGCUUUUUCCUCCUAAAUCAUUACUAAAAGUAACUGAUUGUGCUUUGUGUAAAUAUGAGAUUUUUUUUUUUUGGUAUUUUGUACCAAAAAGUGUU